CCCCUGGUAACUUUGAUACUUCGAGUGGUGUUUAGAUCUGCGAAGUCUUUACGCAAGCUUUUGAGACUCGCUGUAGUUUUCGGGCAAUCUGACAACCACACCGAAAGGGUCAAGUGAGGUAGUCGUACAGGGGGUCCGAAAGCUAACAACAUGCAGAGCAGCUGGACCGUGUUAUGUCGCAAUUUGGCGAAGCGGGGCCAGGGCAUUCCAGGCAAGCUUCAAGGAGUAACGACAGUCUCCGUGAGGACAUAUGCUGAUGCUGGAAUUGAUGCUGAUGUCACGGUGGUGGGCUCAGGUCCUGGCGGAUACGUAGCAGCCAUAAAAGCAGCCCAGCUUGGCUUUAAGACAGUGUGUGUGGAGAAGAACGCCACUCUGGGAGGAACAUGUCUGAAUGUGGGCUGCAUCCCCUCCAAGGCUCUGUUGAACAACUCGCACUACUAUCACAUGGCUCAUGGCAAAGAAUUUGCCAGCAGGGGAAUCGAAGUGACGGGUGUGAAGUUGAACCUGGAGAAGAUGAUGGCUCAGAAGAGUGGAGCAGUGAAGGCCCUGACAGGAGGCAUUGCCCACCUCUUCAAGCAGAACAAGGUGACCCAUGUGAACGGCUUCGGGAGCAUCACGGGCCCCAACGAGGUGACGGCCACAGGCAGCGACGGCAGCAAGCAGGUCAUCAACACCAAACACAUCCUCAUCGCCACGGGCUCAGAGGUCACGCCCUUCCCUGGCAUACAGAUCGAUGAGGAGCAAAUCGUAUCGUCCACGGGGGCUCUGUGUCUUAAGCAGGUUCCAGAAGAGAUGAUCGUCAUCGGGGCCGGCGUCAUUGGCGUGGAGCUGGGUUCUGUGUGGCAGCGUCUGGGUGCCAAGGUGACCCUGGUGGAGUUCCUGACUCACGUGGGGGGAAUGGGCAUCGACAUGGAGGUCUCCAAGAACUUCACCCGCGUCCUCCAGAAGCAGGGGCUCAAGUUCAAACUGGGCACCAAGGUCAUGGGCGCCAGCAAGAGGGCCGACGGCAAACUGGACGUGGCUGUGGAGGCAGCGGCGGGCGGCAAGGCUGAGACCCUGAGCUGUGACGUGCUGCUGGUGUGUAUCGGGAGGCGGCCCUUCACCCAGAACCUGGGCCUCGAGUCAGUAGGCCUGCAGCUGGACAACAGAGGACGCAUCCCCGUCAACAACCGCUUCCAGACCGCAGUACCCAGUAUCUACGCCAUCGGAGACGUGAUCGCCGGGCCCAUGCUGGCCCACAAGGCGGAGGACGAGGGCAUCAUCUGCGUGGAGGGCAUGGCCGGGGGCACGCCGCACAUCGACUACAACUGCGUGCCCUCCGUCAUCUACACGCACCCCGAGGUGGCCUGGGUGGGCAAGACCGAGGAGCAGCUCAAAGAGGAGGGAGUGCCGUACAACGUGGGCAAGUUUCCGUUUGCGGCUAACAGCCGGGCGAAGACCAACGCGGAGACAGACGGCCUGGUGAAGAUCCUGGGACACAAGGAGACUGACCGCAUGCUCGGCGCACACAUCUUCGGACCGGGUGCUGGGGAGAUGAUCAACGAGGCUGCCUUGGCCAUGGAGUACGGAGCCUCCUGCGAGGACAUCGCCAGAGUCUGUCACGCCCACCCGACGGUGUCGGAAGCCUUCAGAGAGGCCAACCUUGCUGCUUCCUUUGGGAAGGCCAUCAACUUUUAAUAGCAAAAGCAUUUUAUCCUUCCACACUGGCAAACCAACAUAGACAUUCAUACCGAAGUACACACAUAUGGGGUCGAACAUACACAUCCGACAGAUACACACGCACACACACACUCGCACUCACACACAUACACACACACGCAUACCAACAAGACAGACAGGCACACACUCAUACAUACACACGACAGAUGGAUGAUACGCACACACACACACACACACACACAUAGACACGCAAGCACGCACAAACACUAAGCCAUCUCUGCACUACCAGAGUGUCUGUACUGGGAAGGUUUGGUUUGGUGUAUGCUGUACGGUUGGCUGUAAAGGGAAUGAGUGAGACGAGACGUUAGGGCCUAGCCCCCUCUAUACUAGCACUGUGCCUCAUAAGCAGCAUGCAUAGAUAUACAACACUAGAUGUCUUGUUCGGCCCACUUUAGGCAUGGCAAGCCCAGGGCGCCGCCAUCUUGGUUUUUCACACUGUCAGUCAGCGAAGUGGUUUUUUUUUUUUUUUUACAGCCACCUUCUCCUGGAUAAUUUGUGUAUGGUCCUGUCGCCAAUUGCAGAGUGCAGUUACCUCUGAACUAAAGAUGGCAGUUAUUUUAAUGUGUUCCAAUAGACGGGGGGGUCAUCAACACGACAUCUAAUGGUCUAUAUCUACUGAAUAAGCAACAUGUACAAAACCGGAGUAGCUAGCGCUAACAUCCUGUUACUGGGGUGCAUUUCUGGAAAGCGUAGUUGUUAGCAGUUAAGCAACUUCGGUAGUUGCCAAUGGGAAAUUGCAUUGCAACCAACAAAGUAGCUAACAUGGUUAGCAACAACGGUUUCCAGAAGUGCACCCUUGAGUUGGAUGAGUGUUUACGAGCAAUAGAGAGGGAGAUGAAUGAGAUGUAACAGUUUGUUUGGGUCUUAUGGGCAAACCAAUGUAUGAUACAGUUAGAGGUAAUACGGUAGAGCGUUUUGUAUGAUGUAUAUCAUGAUGUGUGCGUGUAUUGUACAUGUACUGCUAUGCAGAAAUAAAAUAUAUAACAUAUUGAGUUUAA